AUGGAGAAAGAGACGGAGAAACCCAAUUCCGAUACGCAACAACCUCCUCCUCCGAAUCAUCAAAUGGAUGCUGACGACGACGACGAGAAUGUGAAACAGCUCAAGGAGUGUUCUUCUCUCUAUUUGUCUUUACAGGAUUGUCUUGUUGAUACCAACAGGGACUGGAAAUCUUGCCAGAAACACGUUCAAGCUUUGAAGGCAUGCCAAGAAAGGAGAACGAAGAAAUGA